AUGGGUUUGAUCAAUGACGAGCCUUUGUCGCUGUUUGACGUCCAGUUCCUGAACGCGGUGGGAGACCUGCUGGACCUGAUUCCAACUCUGCUUUCCAAGGCUCCACACAGAAAAUUCAGAUCUCCAGGGAUGGGACACUGCUCUGCACUCAUCAAGGUGAUGGAUGGGCUGGUCAAAAGACUAGAAGAGCUGGAGAAAACAGCAGAACUUUAUAAAGGACUGAUGGAGCACACCAGGAGGCUGCUCCGAGCUUUCUUUGAGCUUUCUCAGACUCACAGAGCGUUUGGAGAUGUUUUUUCUGUCAUCGGAGUCAGAGAGCCUCAGGCUGCAGCCAGCGAGGCGUUCGUAAAGUUUGCUGAUGCUCACAGGAACAUUGAGAAAUACGGAAUUAAGCUUCUAAAAACCAUCAAGCCUAUGCUCCAUGAUCUGAACACUUACCUCCACAAGGCCAUACCAGACACCAAGCUGACCAUCCGAAAGUACCUGGACGUGAAGUUUGAGUACCUGUCGUACUGCCUGAAGGUGAAGGAAAUGGACGAUGAAGAAUACAGCAGCAUUGCCAUGGGGGAGCCUCUUUAUCGGGUCAGCACCGGUAACUACGAGUACCGUUUGGUGCUGCGGUGUCGACAGGAGGCCCGCGCUCGCUUCGCUAAAAUGAGGAAGGACGUUCUGGAGAAGAUAGAGCUGCUGGAUCAGAAACAUGUUCAGGACAUCGUGUUCCAGCUGCAGCGCUUCGUCUCAGGCAUGUCCCAUUACUACGACGAGUGCUACGCCGUUCUGAAGGAGGCCGACGUGUUCCCCAUCGAAGUGGACCUGUCCCGCACAACAAUCAACUACAGCAGCCAGUCCUUUUCAUACACAGAUGAAGAGGAGGAGGAGGCAGGGGGCAGAGAGGAGGGGGGAAGCAGACAAGAAGAGAACGGCACAGAGAAACUGAUCGAUGACGAAUGAGACUGUGUUUAACUCACACACUCGCCGAGCUCUGCUCUUUGUACGGUCAAACACUGUUGAUAAAACUUA